UUUAGAGCAGAAUUGCGUAUAUAGUUGAUCAGCGUCAUAAGUAAUUUGAUGCUUAUUUACGUCGUGUAUUGCCUUCUAUACCAAUAUAAUGGAUGUUCCCGUUAAAAAAAACGUUAUCUUAUCAUGUUCGACCUUUUUGUAAGUCCUACUUUUGACGGUAACAGCUUUAUUUUUUCAAGAUUCAAAUUCAAAUUCUUCACAGUCUAUAGCUGGUCUGAUUUGAAGAUGGUUCUAAAUGUUCUCUCUGAGAAAGCAAGAGGAAAAGUGAACAUAUUCCAGUAGGUGUACAAAAAAAAGUUAUUCCUUAAAUUAAUGAUUGCAACAUUGAGUAUUUUGCAAAUAUUUCUUCUUGCAUAGAUCAUAAAAUUGUAGAUUUUCUUUUCAAACGAUGUGCCGUGAAAUUCUCUACAAGAGGAGUAAUAAAAAGUUCUCUUAAACUAUUUUGAUGAAUUUUCUUUACAAGACUUACAGUGACCGUUGUCUAAUGGUGAAGUGUUAUACUAUUCUGAGAGAAACAACAAUGCAAAUGAUCACAAAAAGUUUCGAAUGGUAUGAUGAUACUCUCCUUGAAAUAGCAUUAAUACGAGCACUGAUCAGAAGAUGAUUAAAAGAUAAAAAGAUUUGAAGAUAUUAAUAAGAAGAGCAUGUCAAAAAGAACUGACCUGAAUUACGUUCGCAAAGUGAUCGGCUCUUUUUUUCAAAGAGUUUGCGGAGCGUAAGAGUAUCAAGACGAUCAUAUUUCCCACAGGAUGUGGGUGUGGGGGUGGGGGUGGUGGUGUGGGUCGGUGUGGGUGUCUGAUUAAAUACACUCUGAUCCACACGCACACACCCACACCCACAACAAUUGUUUUCUCGUCACAUCGAUCAAUCAACAUCAACUUGUCCUACAGAGAAUUGAAGACAAAAUGAUCAAGUCAAUCGCAUCAAGCAAACAAAAUUAACAUUUUUAUCGAGGGGUUUCUCACAAGUGAUUGUCACAAUGAAUGAAAAUAAUUCUUGUCUAUUACAAUGGACAAAACUUUGCUAAAGAGAAGAAUAUAGGCAACGCAAUUUAUUUCACACAACGAAAACCUGACAAGUUGAUCAUACAUGAAUAAAGUUAAUUGACAAUCCUAUAAGAAUUCUUCUGUUUGGACUCAAUCAGUGACAAGCGCCAUAUUAUCGGUAUCUUUGUUUCGAAAUAGUUUCUUGAUUAUUCAAUAUAGAUGAUCAAGCCUUUAUUGCUGGCUUGCUAUCAUAGUUAGAGAACAGGCUAUUGUCCUUUUCAUAAAUUAUUUGUGUAUAGACGAAAAAAAGUGUUAAAUGUGUCACGGGUUUAAGAAUAAAUUUCAGACAAACAAUAUUCAUCAUUAAUGGUAAUUUAGAUAAAUUUUAAUUCCACAGGAAUUGUGCUAACAAUUUUUGUUUUGCUAUUCAACUAUGUUGCUUACAACGAAUUUUCACGAAUCUAUGAUCGAUUAGAUUGGAAUCAAUUCGACAAAUAAUUCAUGUCGAAUGAUUUAUUUGUGUGAUUUUUGUUCUGUUUUCCGAUCUGAAUUACACUUAUAUGCAAACAUGUUGUGUUGUGUAAUUAUAAUCAAACAUACUAUAAAACAACUGUUAUUGCGCAAAACCUUUGUAGUAUUGCGAAAAAAAAAAUUAUUAUUAUAUGCCUCAGCCAAGAAUCGAACUUGGAUGACACGAUCUUCAGUCGUGCGUCUUCACCAUUGGACUACUGAGGCUUAUGCUUUUGAGAUUCAUUUACAUGUUCAAUUAUGGAUAUAAACAGUAGCAUAUUAAAAAUCAAUAGAGAUAUCACAUACCUCACAACACUAACACAAAAUAGAACAAGUUGAGUAACAUUCUUUGAUAGAUGUCAGUCAUUUCUAUCGCUCGAAGUUUUCAUUCUGCUCAUUCACCAUUUUCUUUCUAUUCCUCUUGGUUCAAUAUAUAUAGUCAUAAGAUAGACUGAUAGUUGUCCCACUUCGGUGGGACAUAUAAUAAAAUUGGAACGAUACAGAGAAGAUUAGCAUGGCCCCUGCGCAAGGAUGACACGCAAAAUCGUGAAGCGUUCCAUAUUUUUAUUUUUCCAGGUUUCACUUAACAACCUAAUUUAACAUCAGAAAGUAGAUGAUCCAAAUUAUAAUGUCAAUAUAACGAUAACCGAUGCUCAUUUGCUGGGAAUCACCAUCAAGUAGAUGAACCAAAAGUAGUUUUUUUGUUGAUAGAUUCAGUUAAAUCAAAUCCACGUAUGGAUUAUUCACUAACAACAAAAGUCAAUAUUGAUGAUUUUUUGGGGUGGGUGUGGUGUGGGUCUGGGUGUGGGUGGGUGGGUGUGGGUCUGGGUGUGGGUGGGCGGGUGUGGGUGUGGAUGGGUGCGGGUGCGGGUGUGGGGUGUGGGUGUGUGGGUGUGGGUGUGUAUGAAGCUGUUAUUUGUUCGCUCAAUUCCACACCCACACCCACACCCACCCACACCCACAUCCACACCCUCACACCCACACCCACCCCCACACCCACCCACACCCACACCCACACACCCACACCCUGCAAGACAAAGUAAUUGGCCGAUAAUCGACCAAUUAUGUCAGCGCUCAUAAGUCAUUUUGAAGAGUGUCUAGGGAAACUAUUUCUCCUUGGAUUUUAGAUUUCAAUAUGAUCAUUUGAUGGGAAAAAUUGUUCACUUUCGAUCUACACAAGAUUGAGCUCGUUAGCUUGCUUGGUUCAAAAGCUAUAAGCAUUUGAUUACAUGUCUUCUGAGAGUAUCCCCGGAAACUCGAUUAUGUCCUAUGGGUAAGAGGUAGAUAGAUAUAUAGGUAUAGGAGGUAUAGGAGAUAUAGGAGAUAUAGUAGAUAUAGGAGGUAUAGGAGGUAUAGGAGAUAUAGGAGGUAUAGGAGGUAUAGGAGAUAUAGGAGGUAUAAGAGGUAUAGGAGAUAUAGGAGGUAUAAGAGGUAUAGGAGGUAUAGGAGGUAUAAGAGAUAUAGGAGGUAUAAGAGGUAUAGGAGGUAUAGGAAACACAGUAAACAUUUAUUUUUUUUUAUAAUUGAUUUUUUCGAGCAAGGAUGGAUAAGUUGAAUGAGAUAUAGAUGGUAUAGGAGACACAGUAAACAGUUAUUUAUUUUUUAUGAUUGAUGUUCUCGACCAAGGAUCGAUAAGUUGAAUGAGAUCUAGAAGGUGUAGGAGACAUAGUAAACAGUUAUUUAUUUUUUAUGAUUGAUUUUUUCGAGCAAGGAUCGAUAACUUGAAUGAAUAUAUCUGACUGAAUCACUAUUCAAAGUCAAGCACUGCAUAAAGAUUAUCUGCACUACUUAAUUAAUAUCUCCUAUACCUCUAUAUCUCCUAUACCUCUUAUACCUCCUAUAUCUCUUAUACCUCCUAUACCUCCUGUACCUCCUAUAUCUCCUAUACCUCCUAUAUCUCCUAUAUCUCCUAUAUCUCCUAUACCUCUUAUACCUCCUAUACCUCUUAUACCUCCUAUAUCUCUUAUACCUCCUAUACCUCUUAUACCUCCUAUACCUCCUAUAUCUCUUAUACCUCCUAUACCUCCUAUACCUCUUAUACCUCAUAUACCUCAUAUAUCUCCUAUACCUCCUAUACCUCCUAUACCUCUUAUACCUCCUAUAUUUCCUAUACCUCCUAUAUCUCUUAUACCUCCUAUACCUCUUAUACCUCCUAUACCUCCUAUAUCUCCUAUACCUCCUAUAUCUCCUAUACCUCUUAUACCUCCUAUACCUCCUAUAUCUCUUAUACCUCCUAUACCUCCUAUACCUCCUAUAUCUCCUAUACCUCCUAUAUCUCCUAUACCUCCUAUACCUCCUGUACCUAUAUAUCUAUCUACCUCUUAUCCAUAG